AGUUUGCAUUUAAAAUUUAUUUAAUGUUAGGAGCAAACAAUAUGAAGAAAUGAGAAAAAGUGAAAUUAAAAGAAUGACAUUACAAUGAAUCUAAACUAAAUAAAAUUUUAUUGUUUGAUUUAGUUCUGUGAUACCACAAAAAUUUUUGAUCAUUCACAAUCGAGGAUUUGAGAUCUAUUGUGUGCUAGUCUUUGAGGAAAAAGAUAAUUAAGUGAUAAAAUUUUGAUAUUAAUCAAGAUUCCAGUGUCAUCCUUUGUAGGGGACUUACGAAAUAUCAAUGUCUUUAAUCCGUACUAUCUUUAUGUGUGUUGGAACAUCUCGUCCGUUGUUUAGGAUUGUAUAGUGAAAGUUAAUAAUACAAACACUAACUUUGUUUUGACAAUAGGAAUUGAGUGGCUUUUCAUUACUGCGGUACCAUCGUUUACUUUUCACUAGUGAUAUAAAGGGUCUUAGAACAAAUACAUGGACACCGAUUUAAAUUUUUAAAAAAAUGCUGGUUUAAUAAUUCAAGUGUUGCAAGAAGUGGUUUCGUGCAUUAGGAACAAUAUGUUCCAUUUGUUAAAGGGAUAUUAGAUUGACAUCUUACUUUUUGACUGGCAAGCAAGUUUUUUUUCUAUUGUCAUUUUAAAUCAUAAUGGGAAAAGGAGUUAAUUUUGAAUCGAAAGAGGAAGGUUGGAUACCUACUAAACACAGGCACAAGCAUCCAACUAAAAUGAAGAAGAAAACUUUCGGGUCAACGGAAAAUGUCCAGAUUCGACAAUUUGGGACACUUGAUGGUAUUAAGAUCAAUGGACAGAAGAUGACCACUCCUCGGACGCUGAAUGGAAAUGAUUAUGAAGAUGAUAGCAUUGAGGUUGUUAAAAAAGAGCAACAAUUUUCUUCUUCCUUGGUCACAUCUAUGCUUUUAGCAAGUAUAAAGGAAUUAGCUUCAGAAAAACAUAAGAGUGAUACGGAUUUAACAAUUGAUCAUAUGCCCUGUGCAGUCUAUGAAAGGUUAAACAGCAGACCGUAUGUAAGUUUUGUAGGGACAGCACCAACAGUGGAGAAACUGUAUACCAAUCUAAGAGAGCAGAAACAUGAAGGACCUGAUGGUGCUUGUUGUGACAGAUAUGACGAUCAUAUGAAAUCAUAUGAACAAAAAGCCAAACACGGGAUGGCUCCAAAGCAACUACAUCCAGAAAAUUCUUUUAUAAAUCGUCUAAUGGCUUUGAGGAAAAAAGAAGCUCUACGCAAAAAGGCCCAAGAACAGUUAGAACAGAGACGUCAAAGAAAGGCACAUUCCUCACCGCUGCAUUCAUCUAUUAAUGAACGGAGACAAAAGGUGAGAUUUCAAAUGCCCCGGUCAACAAAAGUAUCCCCCAGAUCUCCAAGAGAUUCAGCAGUUAAAGAAGAUCAAGAUUUCAAUAAACAAUGGGAUGAUGAAGCCAACAUGGAGGACGUGAAGAAAGAAGAGGAGAUAACUCCAGUAGAAACAGAUGUUAAAGGAUCCAGUAGUUCAGAAACAGAUGGGGAUCUAAGUUCUAAAGAAGUGAAAGAAGAAUCCAAGCCAUUAGAGAAGUCACAAUCAGAAAUAGAUAGAGAGAAUGCCAAAAGAUUACUUGCUGAAUUGGAAGCAAAGAAGAAGAAAGAAAAGCAAGUUGUGAUAGUACCGGUACCUGUUGAGGCUAUCAAACCUCUUCAAGUUCAAAUAAUGCAGGAAAGUGAAAUCAUUGAGGAGGAGGAAGAGGAGGAGGAGCAGGAGGGGGAAGUAAAAAAGGAUAUUGAUGAUAAAACUCCUCCUACUAAACUUCCCAUGAUGCCUCACUCAAAAGCUGGUAAAACUUUGACUUCCCAGCAUGCAGUAAAACCAAAGGGAGAACAAAAGAAGAUUAAAAAAGCUCCUAAAAAAGAGGCAGAGAUGAAACCAAAAGAACCUAAAGAAGUCAAACCAAGUCGUUCUAAAACUAAAGUACCAAAAGUCAAAACUAAAAGUAAAGAUCAUGUCAAAGAGGAAAAAGACGAUUUGGAAGAAACUGGUACCUUGAUUAGUGAGGACACAUCACAUUCUUUAGCUACUAUAGAGGAUACAAAGACUGGUCCCCUUUCAUUGACAGUCUCAGCUGACACAACUCCACAGAGAGAAGAUAGUCCCUCACCACAGCCUAAAAGGAGAACAGUGGUUAAGAAAGUUUUUGUUCCAAAAGUCAAGCCUAAAGUAGAAAGAGAAUCUACACCAACUCCAGAAUUAGAGGAAGAGAAAUCUUUGACACCUGAACUAGAAGAACCAGCAGUAGAAGAGACACCUAUUGUGGAAGAGCCAACACUUCCAGUUGUAGAACUUGACGAGCCACCAUUGCCAGAUCCUUCACUGUAUAAAUGUAAAGAUUCCAAAUCUUCAACGAAAAAUAAAUCUAUAUUAAAACCAAUACUGAAACUUGAACAAAAACUAAAGAAACAAAGACAGUUUAAAAGGGAUACAUCUUAUGAAGAAGAAUUACGGAGACAAGAAGAAGCCGAGAGACGAAGACAGAAACAAAUGGAGAUGCUUGAAAAGAUGAAGAACAGGAACAAAAGGACAGGCGGGGAGGCUGAAGCUGAGGAAGAGGCUAGGAAUUUUGAUAAUUAUGGAUUCUUAGCCAAGUACUGUAUAUUCAACAAGCUUACUUUGGAUGCCUACAGAAGGACAUUUGAUUCUGUCGAUGAAGAAAGGAAAGGGUGGAUUAAAGGUGUGGAUGUGAUGAUAGGUUUACGUGGAAUCAAUCAGAAAAUAUCAUACGAGGAAGAGGAAUAUUUAUACAGGGUAAUGGAAAUAACAGGGUACAAUAUUUCACAAGGUGCAGAUUUUAAAUUGUUUGCUGUUAUGGCUGCUCUUUCAUUAAAAAUUAGUUCAUUGGAUUCCUGGAUGAGGAAUAUGAUAGGCAGCAUGGAUUUUAAGAUGUUAGAUACUAAAAUGUAUAUGUGUAAGAAAUUGUGGGAAUGUAAUGUUGAUCCAGAUACAAAUAAGAUUUCACUAGACCAACUGUGUAUAGAACUUAGAGCUGGUGGAAUUAGUCAGAAACACGAGAUAGAAGUGCGAGAGAAAUUAGGACAUUUAAAAGCAUUGGAUUUGUUAGACUUUCUGACUUAUAUACCUUUAUUUAUUCUAAUCCAUGAAUCGGUAGUUGACAAUCCAUUUGAUGAGAGACGAGAUAAAUGAUAAAGGAGAAAAGCAUUAGAGACAUUCAUUGAAUUUUUUUUUGUUAUUCCAAUCCAUGAAUAGGUAGUUGACAAUCCAUCUGAUGAUAAGUGAUAAAGAUGAUGGAAGCAUAAGUGCUAUUAAAUUCUUUGUUAUCUAUUCUAAUCCGUGAAUCUGUAGUUGACAAUCCAUUUCAUGAGAGACUACAUAAAUGAUAAAUAUGAGACUGAGAAGCAUAUAAGCAAAGUUUAAUUCUUUGGUACAUUCCUAUUGGAUGAGAAAUAAUAGUAAAAUGAACACAGCAGUAGUCACUGCACCUUUGUAGAUUCAUCUGACAAAUCAUUUAGAAAUAAAAUGAUGAAUGUUAAAAAAUACACAGUAGCAGCACGUUUAGAAUUGGACAAGGACAAUGAGGAAAGAAGUUUGAAAUUUAAAACAGAAACUAAAAAAGAAUGCAUAAAUUCAUCAGCAAAAAGACAUAAAAAGAAUCUAGGGUUUGUUAAACAAAAUACAAACAACCUUACGUCAUAGGUAGAAUAUACGUUGUUGAAGAUAUUGGCUUCAUUUUGGUGUUUUAUUUUAAAUGUUACACAGCAUACUUUGGACUCUUGAUUUGUGAAUGUAAAUACUGAAGAAAAUGUAUGUUCUGUUGUAGUAGUAGGGAGUAAUUGUUUUACAGUCAAUAGUGCUUUCUUUCGCAUACCUGCCAACUUUUCAAAAUGCUCAUAGGGGUUUUGCAUGCAAGAUGGCAGUCACAGUAUUCAAAAACCUUCAAGGGUGCCUGCAAAACAUUUUAAUGUUGAUUUUUGGCUUCUUCAUACUUUUAUAAGCCUAAAGUCAUUGACAUUUAUUAAUUGUUUUGUUUAAAUUGUGGACAAAAUUGCUCUUUCAAAAUUUCAAUUUGGGCGCCUCCAUGGGGGAAAUCCCCUGUAAAUAGUGACAGUUGGCAGGUAUGCUUUAGUCAUGUAAAUGGUUGAAGUUUUGAUGUAUAGUAUUAGUUUAUGAGGGUGCCUGUUGUCUGAAAAAAGUGUUCACAGGACAUAUAUUCUUGUUAUUUAAUUUUAAAUACAUGCAUAGAAGAUUAAAUGUUUUAAAAAUUUAUUGUAAAACUUUUAUCCUAUAAAGAAUCUAUAUUUUAUUUGAUUCCUGAAAUUGUCCAAGUUGUAUAUGUUAAGUAAUAUAUGUGUAUUGGUAAAAUUGCAUAAUGUAGAUCUUUCUUUGUGAUAUUUAAUGACAAUUGUGCAAUAUGAAAUAUGGAGAAAUUACAUAAUUUAAUAUAUUAUUUCUGUGGAGGUACUAGUAGGUUCAUGAAAGGUCUAUACUAUCCCUAAAAUAAAAAAAAAUCUGUAGAUAAGUCAAUUCAGAUGGCUGAAUUACUACCCCUAAAAUAAAAAAAAAACUACAGAUAAGUGAAUUACUACCCCUUAAAUCAAAAAAUCUACAGAUAAGUCAAUUUGUCGAACAACUCCUUAUUGUGAUAUUGCCCUUUAAUGUAGAUUCAUCCCAUUAAUUUUGGAUUUUAUUUAUUAUUUUGACAUCUAUCUGAAUUAAUAAUCAACACAAAAAUUUGGUUUAGGCACAAUGAUGGUUUCAUUUUGAAGUUAAGAUGAAAGAAGAAGCAUUAUUUUAGCUGACUGCUGAGUUUUAGUUUAGAAAAAAAUAAGUCAGAUUCAUAAAAAAAAACAGUGUUUUUUUGUCAGGUGUGUAUCAUAAUACCUUUGCAAAAAUAAGAUUUUACUUGACAUGCAAACUUUACUUUGGUUAAAAGCUUUUUUGAUUGAAUUAAGAAAUGUAAAUCUAAUUGAAAUUUUAAUAUAAGAUAUCCUCUUCAUCAAUAUGACUUAACUAUUUGCUACUGGCCAUUAUAAGCGAACAAGCAUGCAAGCCAACAACCAAUAAUAAUAUAUCAAAUGUCUGAAUAUAUCCAUAUUCUGAAUAACAAACAAACAGAAAAAAUGUUCCAUUUAUGAAAAUUUGUACAAUUUAGAAUUGAACAAUUUCUUAUUUUUGUGGAAUAUUGCAUUCUUUAAAGUUUAAGAUCAAAGAAAGACCUUCACUGUUCCUACUCCAAACAAAUGAGCACUUGUGAUAGUAUUAAACUAGUGAUAAUAUACAAUCAGAAAAUGUAUAGACUUGAAGAGUAUUAUUAUGAUUGAUGUUGAUCAUAGAA